AUGCUCGCAGGAGACUUCAACGCUAUUCUCUCAUCCAAUGAAAGGAAUAGCAACUCAAUUGGCCGAACGCGUGGAUGCCCACUCUUCCAAUCCUUUACCCAAACCAAUAGCCUAGUCGACUUAGGCUACAUAGGCCCACACUUUACUUGGCGUCGGGGCCUCUACCUUGCCAGACUAGAUCGUGCCCUCUCAAACAUCUCCUGGAUCCAAUCCUUCCCCCUUUCCAAGAUCCAUCACCUUUCCCAAAUUGCCUCUGACCACCGGCCACUUUGGAUUGACCUUGGACUCAAAAAUGGACCCACUGAACCGAAGCCCUUUAAAUUUCUUGCAGCCUGGACUACACACCCACUUUUCCCAAGCCCGGUGCGUGAUAACUGGACCCCAUCCUUACCCCUUGAAACCAACCUUGCAAAUCUAGCCAUAGCAGCCCAGCAGUGGAACCAUGAAGUAUUUGGUGAAAUUGGUAAAAAUAAGAGAAGACUGAGGGGUCGCAUCAAUGGGGUCCAGCGUGCUCUAGAAACGCGCCCCCUUUCCUCUCACCUCAAUGAACUGGACAUCACUCUUCGUUCUGAUUACGAAAUGGUGUGUCUCCAAGAGGAACUCCUCUGGUUCCAAAAGUCUCGUGCAAACUGGAUCAACCUGGGGGAUCGAAAUACAUCUUAUUACCACACCCAAGCAAGAAUCAGAAGGCGUCAGAACAGAAUCGCUGCCCUCCAAAAUGAAAGCGGUGAAUGGGUUACUGAUGAACAAAUCCUCCUUCAGAUGACCCAAAAUUACUACUCCAAUCUUUACUCAACCCACAAUGAGCCUACCAACCAUACACGCCCAAAGGUUUGUUUCCCCUCCUCCCUUCUUCUUCUUGGUCUACUUUAUCUGCCUCGCCUACUAAUACAGAAAUAA